UGCUGCGCACAGCGCGCAAUUCUCAGCCGAGAACACACAAUCUGCGGCUAUGGCGAGGGUCCGAUAGAUGUGUCGUGGGAAAGCAUGGUCGUUACCGUUGCCAGUGAACAGAAACGCAGGAUAUGGAAACCAGGGACCAGUAGGACGGAGGAGAGCUGGGAGGACGAAGACCCAACGAAGAAGGGUGGAUGAUCGUCCAUUUUCCCCUCAGGAAGCUUCUGCAUAAUCCCCUCAUGAUUCAGUCUCCUCGACUAUACAGACGCACAAUCGUGAAGGGAGUCGAAUGUUGUUGCAACACCCUUCGUCACUUCUCCUCAAUUUUGCUGUGCUUGUGAUUUUGAGUGCAGUGACUUUGAUUGAUUAGUGAUAGCUACAGAUCGAGUGGGAAAUGAGGCAGUGAGGGGUUGGCUGGAAAACCUUGGGAUUAUGCAGAAGCUUCAUGGUUAAGUUGGAGGAAUUGGAGAAGCUUGAAGCGAGGAGGGACGUUUUGUGUUUUUUGCAAGAGCUUCGUAACCUAGCUUGCGUUGAAAAAAGGGUGCAGAGUUCAAUCGGAUGCGCGGAUGAGUUGAGAAGAAAGUUCUGAACGAGCAAGAGAUCAUCAUGGUGUUGUUGAAGACUUAGAAAGCCAUGAGCGUGUCUAAUUCUGCUGUGGGCGCCCUAAAGUAGCCAAGUUCUUCGGUUAGAAGACGUCCGCAUCGCACUGGUUCUUCCAUUGGUUUUCUGGGUUUAGGGUUUUUGAAGUUCUUGGGUGUGUCAUUUUACGAUGGAUUUGGGAAAAAUGAAGGAUGGUGCAGAGCAAACUUCUCCUCUUUUCAGAGCCUGGGUCGCGGCCCGUCGUCCGUUUAAAGUGGACUCGCCUUUCUUCGCCGCCGGUAAUGUGGAACGGGAGUUGGUUGCAAAACAGAUUUCGUUGGAAAUCACUGAGGAGGAGAAAAAGCACAUCGUGCAAUCAGAGGAAGAACAACUCUGGGAAAUAUUCUGUCCUAUUGUAGGCUGUAGGACUAAACUGAAAGGAGUGGGAGAGCUGGAAUCUCAUUAUCUAUCUCGACAUUCAGCCACGUGCUCUAUAUGCACACGAGUCUUUCCCACAACGCGUCUGCUUAAUCUUCAUGUGUCCGAAACACAUGAUUCGUUCUUCCGAGCUAAAGUUGCUUUGAACUAUCCCAUGUAUGAGUGUCUAAUGGAGGGUUGCUCAGCACGAUUCCUCAGUGACUCAAAUAGACACCAACAUUUAGUCGAUAAGCAUCACUUUCCUCGCUCCUUCCGGUUCCACGUCAAGAAACAUGCCUCCCAAAAACAACGACAACGGCAGAAAGCUCACCAACCCAGCAACUCUGGGAGUACACCGAAACAGUCAAAGAAGAAUCAGAGGGCCAAGGCAGCAUCAGAAUCAGCUCCCGAUGUGCAUACAGACCGUAAAGACUACGAGUCAACCACACCUUCGGAGACCCAGAACCAGGACACACCUAUGGACGUGGAUGAAUUAGUCACCGCAGUAUCCAGACUGAGCACCGUCUCCCAAGAUGAAACACCCUCGGUGUUGAGAUUUGGCCAUAGACGAGGCCGUGGGGUGCCAUUUGGACAGAAAUCUCGAGGCUCGGGGCGAGGGAGAGGAAGAGGAAGAUCGGGGCGUGACCAAGAGGAUGACUCACCCCCACUGCAAAGCAUCUCAACCUGACCCAUCUGGGUAUGGUUCUGACAUCUCUUCGAUUUCCGUUCAACUUGCAGUGGACAUUAGCUGUUUCGUUGUUUCCCUCGCUUGUGUUACAUCUCUCCAAUCUCUGCAACGUGAAUUGUAGUCUUCAUUUAUUGACAGGGGUUGUUCUCUUAGAUCUCCAACAAUGUAGAUGAUUGGCCCCGAAGGAAGAGUGGAAAAUCUCUUCGUUUUCCAUUGUAGUUCCUUUUUUUUUUUUACUUUUUUUAUUUUUAUUUUUAUACUACUGUUGAAGAUUUUUCGAUGCUUUUAUUCAUUUGAAUCUGUUAGAAGUAGAGUUAUUACAAUGUUUUUGGGCUGGAUUUUGAGCAGUUGAACUGCCUCCCACAUUGUACGUUGCCCAAGUAUAUAUACGAACCAAUUUUUGUAA